CUUCACCGUAAUCGCUCUCGCUCUCUUCGUCUCUCUCUCUCUCUCUCUCUUUGUAACUCUGCAACUCCGAACGAAAUCAUCCAUGGCUAACUCCUCCGCUGAUUCCGCCGCAGACCACCGCAACAAGCACCUCUCCAUCAAUCCACCGCACCAGAUCUUCAAAGAUAUCCAGGGUUCUGACAAUGCUAUUCCUCUUUCACCUCAGUGGCUUCUCUCCAAGCCAGGGGAGAACAAGACUGGAAUGGGAACUGUGGAAGCUCAGGCACUGCAUAAUCCGUAUGGAAACCACUCGGAUCCUGUGAGAUCGACAGGAAAUGGGGAGGAGACACCUGAUAAUCUGAAGAAAAAAGAUGUUUUCAGGCCUUCCUUACUUGAUGCAGAAAGUGGCCGCCGUGAUCGUUGGCGUGAUGAGGAAAGGGAUACCUUGUCCACAGUUCGAAAAGAUCGCUGGCGGAAUGGCGACAAAGACUUUGGUGAUAAUAAGAAGAUUGACCGGUGGGAUAAUGUUGCCCCGAGACACUUUGGGGACCCACGCCGUGCUCCGAAUGACCGGUGGGUUGAUUCAGGAAACAAGGAUGCUGGGACAGAGCAGCGGCGUGAGAGCAAGUGGAACUCUCGCUGGGGACCUGAUGAUAAGGAAGGUGAGAUUACCCGUAAUAAGUGGGAUGAAGCGGGUAAAGAUGGCGAAAUCAUUCGUGAGAAGGGUCCGUCUCUUCCAUCUGGUGAUGGAGACCAUUACCGGCCCUGGAGACCCUCUCAAGGUCGAGGGAGAGGAGAAGCUCUUCACAGCCAAUCAACUCCAAACAAGCAGGUUACACCUUUCUCUCACAGCAGGGGGCGUGGAGACAACACUGCUAUCUUUUCAGCUGGACGUGGAAGGAUGAGUCCUGGUGGAGGCCUUUUUACUAGCGCAUCAAACCAGUCUCACCCCCCUGGAUCUGCCUCCGAAAAAGGGGAAAGUGGUCCUGGAGAGCCUUCCCAUGUGAGAUAUAGCAGAAUGAAAUUGUUGGAUGUGUACAGGAUGGCAGGUACAGAGUGUUUUGAAAAGUUUCCAGAUGGGUUCAUCGAGGUGCCUUCCCUUACGUGUGAGCAGCCGUCGGAUCCUCUGGCUAUCUGCGCUCCAAGUUCCGAAGAAGUGACUGUUCUGGAUGGAAUUGAGAAAGGAAAAAUAGUGAGCAGUGGUGCCCCUCAGAUAUCCAAGGAUGGCCCUAGUGGACGGAAUCCAGCCGAGUUUUCGCAACCUAGGCGAAUCAGGCCUGCUGGAAGCAGGGAAGAUAUGAAUUACGCUGCUGAGGAAUCUAAAGAUGAAGGCGGAGAAACAAGGAUCUAUCCAGAUGAUAAGUUUAGGCCUGAAGCUUCUCUUGAAGGUUAUGCUCCUUUUAGGAAAGGCAAUGAGGUGCCUGUUAGAGAACUGAAAGAACUCGGUCAGCAGGGAAAUAAUCAUGUUCAAUCUCCAUGGCGUCAGCCUUCGGUGGGAGAAAGGUCGAGUAGGAUCUCACAUGAUUGGAAUGACCCUUCAGCGGAUAUGAGGCUGAAAUCUUCUGAUAAUGUCUGGUCACAGCCCAAAGAUUCAAUAAACCAUUCAGGCGGCAAUGUGAUGAGCUUGCAACAGUCCCAAGGGGAUCCAAGAUGGCAAAUCAGUGAAGAUCCUGCACUAAGAAGGCAGCCAUCUGCGGUGUUCGACAGGGAGCGGGAAGUUAGAAAGCUUAUGCCAUCUUCGCCUGAAGAACUUUCACUCUAUUAUAAAGAUCCUCAGGGUCUAGUUCAAGGUCCCUUUUCUGGAACUGAUAUCAUUGGGUGGUUUGAGGCUGGAUAUUUUGGCAUAGAUUUGCUAGUUCGUCUUGCGAAUGCACCAAACGAUUCUCCUUUUUCGUUACUCGGUGAUGUAAUGCCGCAUUUGCGGGCUAAGUCGGGACCUCCACCUGGUUUUACCGGUGCCAAACCAAACGAAUUUAUUGAUGCGGCCGGUACACCAACCUUCCCUGGUGUGGGGAAGGUUCAUUCUGGGAUGGGUGAGGCUGAUAUGUUGCAAAAUGAUAUGAGGUAUAAGCACGUUGCAGGGACUGUAGCGGAGAAUCGAUUUAUUGAAUCGUUGAUGUCUGGGAGUUUGAACAAUUCAUCUCAAGGUGUUCAAGGAUAUGCAGUAAAUAGUUCUGCUGGGUUGUCUCUACCAGUUACUGAUGGUGGGGCUGAUAUGUAUCUCUUGGCCAAGAAACUGGAACUUGAACGGCAACGAUCAGGAUCUCUGCCUAGUCCAUAUUCAUAUUGGCCUGGUCGGGAAUCUGCAAACCUGAUGCCAGGAUCAGAAAAUGUGUCAGAAAAUGCCCAACAACCUGUCCGUUCUCCAAGUGCUGAUUUGUUGUCCAUCCUCCAAGGUGCAACGGAUAGGUCUUCUCCUGCCGUUAGUGGUCCUCUCCCUGCUUGGUCGCAUUCCAGUCAAAAGGAAGGUGAUGUGCACCAUGCUAAAACUUUCCAAACUCAAACUCCUUUUGGUGUCCAACAGCAAAGGCUCCCAGAGCAGAACUCACCUUUGGCAGGUUUACUUGGUCAACCAAUUGAAAAUAAUCCAGCUGGCAUGUUACCCCCUGAUAUGAUGCUCGUCUCUGGACUUUCUCAAGAACAGCAAGCGCUCAAUCUGUUGCAGCAGCAACAGCUCUUGUUGCAGUUAAAUGCUCAGACACCCCUCUCUGCGCAGCAGCAGCGUCUAUUGCUUGAGAAAAUGCUCUUGCUUAAACACCAACAGAAACAAGAAGAGCAGCAGCAGUUGUUACGACAGCAACAGCAGCUGUUUUCCCAAGUUCUUGCUGAUCAGCAGCGUUCUCAGCAAAGGUUUGGAGAGCCAUCUUAUGGGCAGUUGCAGCAAUCUUUUGAUGCUCUUAGGCUGCAAGCAUCACAAGAUAUGACGCAGGUCAAUCAGCAGAUGCAGGUUCCUGUUUCCCAUGAGGAGCGAGGUGCCAACUUAACUGAUUUGCACCCUCAUGCCAGUAAUCAGAAUGUCACUACCUUCGGAACCCAUCCUUUGCACCUGCAACACCAGCUGUUUGGUAAUGUUGACCCUAGGAUGAGCGAGGGAACAGUUCUUACGGAUCAAAUCAAUGAUACCCAUAAAAAAGAUUUAAAAUCAGAAUAUGAAAGAACAAUUUCUGCAGAUUACAUGAACAGCUUGUACUCAGAAAAGCCCAUCCUUUCUCCUGGUUAUCAUACUACACUUAAUGUGGAAGAACCUGCGAGCUACCCAGACAAUGAAAGCCUCACUCCUACUAUAGCAGCUCCCGCAACAUCUGAAAGUAAGUUGCUGGAAGAGCAGGCUAAGGACGUGUAUGCAGGACACGGAGAGCCCAUUAAUGAGUUACCUGUAGAGAUUCCUGCGACUGAAGUUAAAAACAAUGAAUUGCCUGGAGGACGGAAGACUUCUGAAAAGAAGUCCAAGAAGCAACGGGCUAACAAGCAGUCUGCUGACCUGGUCAAGGCAAAGCAACCUGAAACAGGAACUGCUGAUGAUUCUGAGAUAAAGGGUAAAAAUAAAAAGUCAGCUGACACUUUUAUAGACAACGAUCCUAACCUCAUUAAGAGCUCCACCGCCACACCUUCGAACACCUCCUUAAUGGGUUCUGAAGCUGAUUCAGUCAGGGGAGAAUCUGGUGUGAAUGAGUCUACGGUGCAAAACACACGAACGCAACCGGGACGAGCUUGGAAGCCUGCCCCUGGCUUUAAACCAAAGUCAUUGCUAGAAAUUCAAAUGGAAGAACAGAGGGUAGCACAAGCAGAAGCUUUAGCUCCAAAGGUAUCUACUACUGUGAGUUCAGUGGGUUUGGCCUCUCCUUGGGCUGGGAUUGUUGCCAAUUCAGAUCCUAACAUCCUAAGAGAGACUCAUGGAGAGGCAGUUAAUACUCAAACCGGUGUUGUAAAGCCUGAAAAUGUUCUUCUUAAGGGUAAGAAAAGCCACUCGUAUGACACGGUGGUGGCUGCUGAUGUUGUGGCCAAAUCCAGUGACAAAGAGAGGGCAGUAAUGGAAACCAUUUCUAACGACACAUAUAUGCAAGUAACACCCACUAAUGCAGAAUCUUUAGAUGAUGAUAACUUUAUUGAGGCCAAGGAAUCAAAAAAGAGCCGCAAGAAGUCUGCGAGAGCAAAGAAUUCUGGAGCAAAAACCACUGCACCUGCUCCUACUGUUGAUUCAUCACUCUCGACGAAUUCCGUUGAGAAAGGAAAAAGUUAUCGUGCUGUGCAACAGCAGGAGAAGGAAGUUUUGCCUGCUAUUCCUUCUGGGCCUUCUUUGGGAGAUUUUGUUCUCUGGAAAGGAGAGACUGUGAACAAUCCUCCUCCAGCUGCUGCAUGGUCCACUGUUCCCAAGAAAUCCACUAAACCUAGCUCACUUAGGGACAUCGUGAAGGAGCAGGAGAAGAUGACGACCCCGUCUCAUCCGCCCCCUAGUCCAGUACCAACCACCCAGAAAUCUAAUCCGCCACCGGCUGUUUCUCAACCUUCCUGGUCACGCUCCGCAUCUUCUCCUUCGCAGGCUAUUUCUCAGUCGAAAUCCAAAGGAGAUGAUGACCUUUUCUGGGGUCCAGUUGAGCAAUCAACCCAGGAAUCAAAACAGGGAGAUUUCCCUCAUCUUACAAGUCAAAGCAGUUGGGGAACGAAAAACACUCCUGGGAAAGUUAACGCGGGAAGUUCACGACAGAAAUCAGUUUCUACCGGAUCUGCAGAACCGGUUUUGUCUUCACCUGUUGUCACUCAGGCGUCCCAUAAAGGGAAGAAGGAGGCAGCGACAAAACUCACAGAGGCGAAUGGCUUCAGAGAUUGGUGCAGAGGCGAAUGUCUCAGACUUCUUGGUACAGAAGAUACAAGUGUAUUGGAAUUUUGUCUGAAGCUAUCUCGAUCAGAAGCCGAAACCCUUUUGAUAGAAAACCUUGGGACGUUUGAUCCAGACCACAAGUUCAUCGACAAGUUUCUCAACUACAAAGACCUGUUACCAUCAGAAGUAGUCGAGAUUGCAUUCCAAUCAAAGGGGUCUGGAGCCGUGACCCGAAACAACACAGGAGAAGACUAUUACACUGCGCCUGCGAAUGAUGGGUUCUCGAAAGUUGGAGGAAAGAAAAAGGGGAAGAAAGGGAAGAAAGUAAGCUUAAGCGCAUCGGUUCUUGGGUUUAACGUGGUUAGUAACAGGAUAAUGAUGGGCGAGAUUCAGUCCAUUGAGGAUUAAGAGGAGGGUUAAAGAUAUGUCUAUACACUUUUGGGCUUCAGGUUUCACUGUACAUUUCGUUUUUUUUAGGACAAAUCUUUUCUCCUUAAUCUAUGGGAUGGAACUUGUUUUUGUUUAUCUCUCUAGGAAGUUUUGUUUAGACUACUUUCAGCGAGAUGAAGAGGUUUUUUUAGUCGCAACCCAAAAAAAGAAACGUUGGAUUCUGUUUGUUGUUUUAUGUAUUAGACAGCUUUUUGUUCCCUUUAAAAUCUCAAUUUACUACUCUUAGCCAACU